CACAUGCGCAGAAGCGAUCGUAUUUCCGGUACUGUUCGAGUGGUGUCAGCGUACUACUACGCUCGCGUGCGUUUUUGAUCAUCUGACGUUUUACUGUUGGCUAAGAAGACAAUAAAAAUAAAACCAGGAAAAAAAAAGAGCAACAAAGACGCGCUUUUAUUUGGUCGUCUCGUAUCCGUAACCGAACGCUGCAGCUGCCUGUCGGACGUCCUCCCAUCUCAGCAGUUCCGGGGCCCGGUUGAGAUACUUCCUCCUAGAUCCAACACUGGGGCAGUCAACCCAAACUAGGACGCAGGGUUGUCCCUCCGGUGGGCUUCACGCCGUCAGCCGCUAGCUAGUUGGCUGUUAGGUAGGCGUUAGCAUGGCCGGAGGAAACCACAACCAGGUGGCCGGAGACAAGACGAAGACACAGGGCCACAGUGGAAGUAAGAUAAACCACAGGUUGAAGUACAUUAGUCUGGCUGUGCUGGUGGUCCAGAAUGCAUCGCUCAUCCUCAGCAUCCGUUACGUGCGCACCUUGCCAGGUGAGCGCUUCUUCGCCACAUCGGCUGUGGUCAUGGCGGAGGUCUUCAAGGUUCUGGCGUGUCUCCUCAUCAUGCUGCUGGAGAGGAGAUUCAACGUGAAGGUUACAGCGGCCGUUCUGGUAGACGCCAUCUUUUUUCAGUACAAGGACACGUUGAAGUUGGCAGGUCUGUCUCUCAUCUACACACUACAGAACAACCUGCAGUACGUCGCCAUCUCCAACCUGCCCGCUGCCACCUUCCAGGUGACCUACCAGCUGAAGAUCCUGACCACGGCGCUGUUCAGCGUGUUGAUGCUGAAGAAGAGUCUGAGCAGAAUCCAGUGGUUGUCUCUGCUUCUGCUUUUUGUGGGUGUUGCCAUUGUGCAGGUGCAGCAGGGUGGAAACGAGGCGGAGCACGCCAAUCAGAACUACGUGUCUGGCCUGGGCGCCGUAGUCAUCAGCUGUAUGUCGUCGGGAUUCGCCGGUGUCUACUUUGAGAAGAUUCUGAAGCGAAGCUCGGCAUCCGUUUGGGUCCGCAACAUACAGCUGGGCAUCUUCGGCAUAGCCCUGGGCAUGCUGGCGCUGUGGUGGAACGACGGCGCCGCCCUGAGCCAGCGCGGCUUCUUAUCGGGCUACACGACCAUGGUGUGGUGCGUCAUCUUCAAUCAGGCAUUCGGGGGCCUCCUGGUGGCUGUGGUCGUCAAGUACGCCGACAACAUCCUCAAAGGCUUCGCCACGUCCUUCUCCAUUAUCAUCUCCACGGUCAUGUCCGUCUACCUCUUCGCCUUCCACGUGGACAUACUCUUCGCCGUGGGGGCAGGGCUAGUCAUAAGUGCCGUCUGCUUGUACAGCCUCCCCAAAGCUCCGCCCAACCACAACUCGUCUUCCCCCGCAAUGGAGGACGGCGCCCAGAGGGAGCCCUUUGAGACCAAGUGUGCCGGGAAGCAGAAAGGAUCUUAAGAAGGAAGAGCGCUUUCUUACGCCCCCUGCUGGUGCCAACACACCCAAUAGCUUAAGUGGGCGGAGACAAGACGGCUCUCUUGACAGUUACCCGGCGACCUGUCAAUCAUGAGAGCUCCGCCCCUCGUAUGUCAACAUUUGAAAUCACGCGGGAGCUUUUAUUACUAAAGUCAUUCAGUGUUUUUUUUACAGUGACUGAUUAUUUUUGUCUAAACAUUUCAACAACUAGUAUUUAUUCAAAUAACUAACGAAGAGGUAGUGCUUCACGUUAUAAAACUACCGCUUAAACUAGUCCACUGCUUACCUUAUAGGACACUAACUUGACUCUGAAGACACCAAAGCUUAUUUUGUAAGUACAUCACUUUAUUUGCUUAUCAGGGCUAGUUGUCAGUCUAAUAAAACAAUAAAAGUGCAUUGUAAUUGCUAGUAUUGACAGUGUUUUGUAAUUGGGAGUUCUCACACUGAUGCUUUUCCACUUCCGGGAGCAGCACGUGACGUCAUUUUUGGUCGUUUGUUGAUGACGUCACACUCCACGCAAAUAGCUUGUACUUUGACGCCCAAUCUGGUCGACAGCCCAGAAAAGGGGAAGUAAUAGCACUUCCUGUAAAUGACUUUCAGUUGGAGAGAGAGAGAGGGAGAGUCGUCGUUGGACUGGACCACAGAGAACAUGGAGGACAGGUCGUCUAAUUUUAUUGUUUGACUUGAAUUUGGUGCUCGUGUGGAAGAGAAGUGAGAGAACGUGUUUUAAACAAGCAAAGAGUCAACAAGUGAAGAAGGAAGGAAGGAAGGAGACUAGGAAGAGAGCCAAAGCUACAUUACGUCACAUAACAUUAGCAUCGGUGACCUGUCAACAACAUGAAUGACACGUAUGCCGUGGUCAACAAGCCCAAACAACACCGCCCACCAGCAGAAAGCCAAGGCGACGCCGGUGUAGCCCCACCUGGAGUGGCGGGAAAUAGCAUCUCCCAUCACUAUGACAACGACUAUCCGCCGCUCUACAGCACCAUCCUGCAGCCGCAGGUCCCACACGCCCGCCCCGUCCAUAAUGCUGGAGCAGCUUCAUCAGUGCCAGAUACACAUUUGUCUCCUGUAAACAACGAUUACGAAGACGUCUCCACUUCGGCGACACAUCUCGAAUUUAAUCAUCGCAUUCAGAAGCCAAAAGGACCCAGAGCACCGCCUAUCGGCUGGACCUGCCUGGAGGGGUGAAACACCGAAUAGACGGGAACACCACAAGACCCAACUGGACUUGUUUGGUACAAAGUCUGGUUAAUUUUGCCGAAACUUUAGAACUUUUAGUUCAAAAUUUUUGUCUUGACAAUGUGACAUGCUUCUUUAACAGCACAAUAAAAGUCCACUAACUGUA